AUGGGGUUAAGUAUACUGUUUGCUGUGUUCUUCCUAUCUUGUGUAAACCUUGUGGAACUCAAAGACUCAUCAUCACCUUCUUGUGCUUUUCCUGCAAUCUACAACUUUGGAGACUCUAACUCUGACACUGGAGGCAUAUCAGCCGCAUUUGUACCAAUUCCUGCACCAUACGGGGAAGGCUUUUUUCAUAAACCUUUUGGAAGAGACAGUGAUGGUCGUGUCAUUCUUGAUUUCAUAGCUGAGAAGGCUAACUUGCCAUAUUUAAGUGCUUAUCUCAACUCACUUGGAACCAAUUAUAGACAUGGAGCAAACUUUGCAACUGGUGGAUCUACUAUUAGGAAGCAGAAUGAGACUAUAUUUCAAUAUGGAAUAAGUCCAUUCUCUCUUGAUAUUCAAAUUGUGCAGUUCACCCAGUUCAAAGCAAGAACCAAGCAACUUUACCAACAAGCCAAAGAUUCAGUUGAGAGAAGCAAGCUUCCUGUGCCUGAGGAAUUCUCUAAGGCACUCUACACGUUUGAUAUUGGUCAAAAUGAUCUCUCUGUUGGGUUUAGGAAGAUGAACUUUGAUCAAAUUCGUGAAACUAUGCCUGAUAUAGUUAAUCAGUUAGCUUCUGCAGUCAAAAAUAUUUAUGAACAGGGAGGGAGGUCCUUUUGGAUACACAACACUGGCCCCAUUGGAUGUUUACCAGUAAACCUAUUUUACAAGCACAGUGUACCAGCAGGCUAUUACGACCCAUAUGGAUGUGUAAAUGAUCAAAAUGUGAUGUCUGUAGAAUUCAACAAGCAUCUUAAGGAGAGAGUGAUCAAGCUCAGAACAGAACUUCCAGAAGCUGCAAUUACUUACGUAGAUGUUUAUGCCGCAAAAUAUGGACUAAUCAGUAAUACAAAAAAUGAAGGAUUUGUGGAUCCAAUGAAGAUCUGUUGUGGUUAUCAUGUGAAUGAUACACAUAUAUGGUGUGGAAAUUUAGGAACAGCAAAUGGGAAAGAUGUGUAUGGUACUUCUUGUGACAAACCAUCCAUGUAUGUGAGUUGGGAUGGUGUUCAUUAUGCUGAAGCUGCUAACCAUUGGGUUGCGAAUCGUAUACUCAAUGGCACUUUCACUGACCCGCCAACACCAAUUUCUCAAGCAUGUUAUAGGCAUUGA